CGACUGCGCAGCCUGAUGACGUCACUACAUUAGCCAGCCAGCUAGCUAGGUGUUGACAGGCGGUGGCUGUUUACUAAUAGCUGGCGUUUGACUUGUUUUGGAAGCCAACGUCUUUAACUUGACUGUUUGCAAAGUUAUAAUCUGCAAUGGAUAUUGACGUGAAGAGGCUGAAAGUGAAUGAGUUGAAGGAAGAGCUGCAGAAGAGAGGGUUAGACACUCGAGGCCUGAAGGCAGACCUGUUGGACAGACUGAAGGCUGCUUUAGAGAGUGAAGCAGCAGCACAGGAUACACAGGAAAUCACACCAAAUGAUGGACAGCAACCCGAAGCAGCUGAAGGUGAGGAGGAGCCUGGCUACGAAGACGUGGCUCACCAGGGGCAGCAGCAAGACGAGGGCACUCAGGUGAAAGACGAGAAAAUCUUCAUCCCUGAUGUAGAUCACGAUGUUCCUGACUUUUCUGUAGAUGCCAGCAUGAACAGAGCGGAGGCUGUUGAGGAGCCUGAAAUCAAACCUGAAACAGAGGCGCUGCCUGUCUGCACGGAAGAGCAAAAUGCACAACGAGAUGUGGUGAAGGAGGAGGAAGACAUAAAGCCAGAACCACAGCAUGACUCUGGAGCAGCCACCGAGUGGGAAGAGGUCCAGCAGGCCUCGCAUUACACAUCCCAUCAAGACAACCAGGCACCUUAUGGCCGCAAAAGACACCAUGAAGACACCCAUGGAUAUAGUUACUACGAGCAUCGAGAGGACAAGAGGUCCCGCUCACCUCAGCCUCCAGCUGAAGAAGAUGAAGAGGAUUUUGAUGACACACUAGUAGCCAUUGAUACCUAUAAUUGCGAUCUGAACUUCAAAGUUGCCCGAGACCGCUACAGUGGCUAUCCUCUCACCAUCGAAGGCUUCGCUUACCUGUGGUCCGGCGCGCGUGCAUCAUAUGGUGUGAACAAGGGCCGUGUCUGCUAUGAGAUGAGGAUAACAGAAGAGAUCGCCGUCAAACAUCUUCCCAGCAGCGAGCCUGACCCACAUGUAGUGAGAGUGGGCUGGUCUUUGGAUUCAUGCAGCACACAGCUCGGUGAGGAGCCUUUCUCUUAUGGAUACGGUGGAACAGGGAAAAAAUCCUCCAACUGCAAAUUUGAAGAUUACGGGCAGAAAUUUGGUGAAAACGACGUCAUCGGAUGCUACAUCGACUUUGACACUAGUCCUGAAGUGGAGAUUUCAUUCUCUAAGAAUGGGAAGUGGUUGGGUGUAGCUUUCCAGGUGAGAAAGGAGGAGCUGGCUGACCGAGCCCUUUUCCCUCAUAUCCUGGUGAAGAACUGUGCUGUGGAGUUUAACUUCGGUCAGAAGGAGGAGCCGUUCUUCCCUUCACCUGAGGGAUAUGUGUUCAUCCAGUCUGUCGCAAUGGAGGACAGGAAUAGAGGCACUGUGGGUCCUGCAACCAAGGCAGACUGUGAGAUUUUGAUGAUGGUUGGUCUACCUGCGUGUGGCAAAACCACUUGGGCUGCCAAGCAUGCUGAGAUGAACCCUGAGAAGAAAUACAACAUACUCGGCACCAACGCCAUUAUGGAGAAGAUGAAGGUGAUGGGUCUGAGGCGUCAGAGGAAUUACGCAGGUCGCUGGGACAUUCUCAUUCAGCAAGCCACGCAGUGUCUGAACCGACUCAUCCAGAUCGCCGCCCGCAAGAAACGCAACUACAUUCUGGACCAGACAAAUGUAUAUGGAUCAGCCCAGAGACGAAAAAUGCGUCCCUUUGAAGGGUUUCAACGCAAGGCUAUUGUAAUUUGUCCCACGGACGAGGACUUAAAAGAGCGAAGGUUAAAGCAAACUGAUGUGGAAGGGAAGGAUGUGCCCGAUCAUGCUGUUUUAGAAAUGAAAGCUAACUUUGUGCUGCCGGAGGCUGGAGAGUUCCUGGAUGAGGUGACCUUCGUUGAGCUGCAGAAAGACGAGGCAGAGAAGUUGGUGAAGCAGUUCAACGAGGAAGGCCGGCGGGCUGCUCCUCCACCUGAAAAACGCUACGAUAACCGGCAGACGGGUUACCGCGGCCAGAGCAGCAGCUUCCAGCGCUAUGACAAUCGUGGAGGUCCUCGAGGAGGCUAUCAGAACCGUGGCAGCUCUGGAGGAGGAUACAGACCAGGUUUUAAACGUGGAGGCUACAACCAGAACGGCUGGGGUGGGAAUUACAGAGACAACAGCUCGAGAGGUGGCUACAACCGUAACCAGAACUAUGGAGGAAGCUACAACAGCAAUCACCAAGGUUCCUAUAAUAAGGAUGGAUACAGCCAGAGUUACAAUCAAGGAUACAACCAAGACUACAACCAGAGCAACUAUAACCAAGGCAACUACAAUCAAGGAAGCUACAACUACGGUAGUUACAGCCAGUAUCCUGGAUAUGGGCAAGGCUACAGUGAUCAAGCCUCUGGGUACAACCAGCAACAGAGCUACAACCAGCAGUAUCAGCAGUAUGCCCAGCAGUGGCAACAGUACUACCAGAACCAGAGCCAGUGGAAUCAGUACUACAGCCAGUAUGGCAACUACUCUGGGCAACAGGGCAACAACCAGGGCCAGUGAAGUGCGUCCCAUCAGGAUACAUUCGUCUAAUUCAUGUUAUCCUUCAUGUACCUGCACGUGUCAUCACACACCCUAUUUUUUCCACAACCUUAUCCCUUUAUAUCCAAUCAUUCUUGUCAUCUUAAGAGGCUGUAUGCUGCAUUUCUAGUUGGACUGAGAAAUGCUAACGGACUUGUCCAGUCAGAGAACCUUUAUUUUGUAAUUUAGCUGAUAUAUAAGUGAAGCAGAACCUAAUUUAAAAGUACAGCAGGUAAGGGUUAAGGGUGUCAUGGAACAGUCCUGAAAUUUUAACCUUAAACUAAAUAGAGGUCCUGCUGCACAUAUAAGAUAGCAAAAUGCAGUAUACCUAGAAUGAUAUGAGGAAAUGUGAAGGUUAAAGACUUUGAUUUGACAGGAUCCUGCUCUAAAAAAUGAUCCAGACCCUCUUUUAAUCAGGGGAAAUGCUCACAGAGCUCAAGAGUACAUUACGGUUUGUGUGGCUUCUUUAACUUUAACAUUAUUAUUGUGAUGAUAAUUAGUAAAUAAUAUAUCGUGCAGCUCUAACCACUGAGCUAUCACUGCCCUCUUGAAAGAAGUGUGCUUGUGUAAUUUGUUUGAAUUCUAUGAUAUGAAUAUAAGAUAAGCUCUUUUCAUUUCUAUGUAGCUAUUUUUUGUCACUGCUGCCUUGCUUUUUUGUCAAUAGGAAAAAAUGUAUGGUUUAACGUUAAAGGAAAAAUCCACCCUGAAUUAAAUGGUUUAAUCUGGUCCAUUUCCUCUUAAUGGCGUAACGGUUUCCUGCAUUACCCAUUAUGCCUCUUUUGAUGGUGAUGACAGCAGGCUGAAGAGAAGGGUGUGAUGCAGCAGCACUUUAGUUCUUUAGUCUAUCCAACAAUUGUGUUAUUGCCGACUUAAACUACUUCUGUGUUGGAUUUCUUAUUAAUAUGAUAUUGAAUUGAGUGUUACUUGAAAAAUAAGGAAUUGGUAAAGAUUUUUUUUGUGAAAUUUCCCCACUGUAACCGCACAGGAAUAACAAACAAACAGCAGCAACAAUCACAAAUCUGUUAAUAUAAACAUAUUUAACGUGUACCAUGGUGGAGUUUUCCUUUAAGGAAAGUGGAAUUUAGAUUUUUCGACAUAGAUUGUAAACGAUUUACGGUUCAUAAACGGUGUCGCCGAAAGCAUGUGGUCUGUGAUGUGAUUUUUUGUUACAUGUCUAAAAUGGAAAGCUUUUAUUUUUCCUUGUAAAACUGACUUUUUGAGAUUUUUCAUUCAGUUAUUUCUGAAAGAUUUUAAGAACGUUGAUCCGGACUACUUUGUCUCGUGCUGGUUUUCUUUUUCAUGUUUUGAGAAUAAAUUCACGUAACACCUC